CCGGGCCGCCCCGCGCCGCCCCGCCGGGCGAUGAGGAGCUGCUUCUGCCUGCGCCGGGGGAGCCGCGACCCAGCGCCCGCCGCGCGGGCAACACACGAUGUUUGUUCAGACUGGGCAUUGUGAAGUGUAAACCCAGGUCCUACUGGCACCAGCACUCACCUCUGCCUUUUCUAGAAGCAGAUCAGUCCAUGAUGCCUGAAGUGCGAGACCUCUCCGAUGCGUUGCCUGACUUGCCGAUGGAUCCCAUCACGGGCGUUGGUGUGGUUGCAUCCCGGAACCGUGCACCGACAGGUUAUGAUGUAGUUGCACAAACAGCAGAUGGCUUGGAUGCUGACCUCUGGAAAGAUGGCUUAUUUAAAUCCAAGGUCACACGAUACCUGUGCUUCACAAGAUCAUUUUCAAAAGAAAAUAGUCAUUUAGGCAACGUCUUGGUUGAUAUGAAGCUCAUUGACAUAAAGGACACUUUACCUGUGGGCUUCAUCCCCAUCCAGGAGACCGUUGAUACACAAGAAGUAGCUUUCAGAAAGAAGAGGCUGUGCAUUAAAUUCAUCCCUCGAGAUUCUACAGAGGCAGCAAUCUGUGAUAUCCGAAUCCUGAGUAGAUCUAAGCAAGCCCCUCCUCAGUACACAUUCAUAGGGGAGUUGAACAACAUGGGCAUUUGGUACCGGAUGGGCAGAGUUCCCCGCAACCAUGAGUCUUCACAACCUGCUACUCCUGCCCAAGUACCGUCUUCAACACCAGCUCCUAACCUGCCGAGGCACAUCUCGCUAACUCUUCCUGCUAGCUUUCGAGGCAAAAGUCACAGCACUCGCCUGGACUUGGAGCACCAGCACUCAAAUUUGUAUGCUAUAUCAGCGAUGGAUGGAGUACCUUUUAUGAUUUCAGAGAAGUUUGCCUGUGCUCCUGAAGGGAUGCAGCCAGUUGAUCUUUUGGGCAUCACAAUCAAAACCCUUGCAGAAAUCGAAAAGGAGUACGACUACAGCUUCAGGACGGAGCAGAGCGCGGCGGCCCGCCUGCCGCCCAGCCCCACCAGGUGCCCGCCGGUCCCGCCGUCCUGAGGGGGCCGCCGGCGCUGGAGCAGCCGUGUGCGUGCAUACUACUGAGCGGGAUGCGGCGCUAGGGGCCCUGCCAGCAGAGCUCUGCUCGUCCAGCCAUCGCCACCCACCCUGCGCUGCACCGCCUCCUCCCGCACACGUUAUUCCACGCAUUUGGACCGUGCAACCCUUCGGCAGCUGCCCUCGCCCUUGUACGCUGCUGCGGACAAGUCUCCACGUGAGUACGUUACUCAGAGCCUGACUGGCAGUCUCUGGGUUGCUUCUAUUUCCAUGUACCCUGCUGCAGGACAGUCACAAAAACAAUAGACUGUAACGAAGCCCUGUGAACAGCAAGCUGUUAGCUCACAGACAAUCAGGAAUGCUCAGCAGCGAGCCCUGAGAGAGAGUAAAAGAUAACAGCCGGUUAACAGCAAACUCCAGACCUCCUGCCCAAGCUGGCUGCUUUGCUGUCGUCACCCCACGCACGUCGCUGAGCAGGCAGCACCGAGCCGUGGCAGACACUUCAUUGGCCUCCGCUGAGGUCCGGGCAUGCAGCAACUCUGCCGUGGCCAGGUUCAACCCCAGACUGUGGUCUUCGUUUUUGCUGUAGGCUCUUGGAGCCGGGGUCACUUGCUCAGAUCUGCUUUGAGCCCUAUCCACAGUUGCUGGCAAGGGGGAGGAGCACAGAGAUCACGAGCGGCACUGCGGUCUCUGAGGUGAAGCACCUUUGCUUUGCACAGGGUGUCCGCGUGUCUGGCAGGACCUCAAGUGACAAACGUCCCACGUGUCUUUCUGGGCUGGAUGCUGACGGCAAGCCAGCAAGACCGCUGCAACGUCACGCUGACCCCUUGCUGCAGCAGCCUGCUGAGCUGUGGCCCUGCUGACAAGGCGGAUGCUAUCACCUGUCUGUUACUUUGGACAGUUUUCUCAUUUUUGCCCCGCGAGCUGCUAAAACAAAAGAGAUGUGCCUGUUCCCCUUUGCACUCAUGGAAGGAAGCACUGAAGUCUGGCGUAGCGCAGGAUGAGAGUUGAUGCAUUAAACCUGACCUCAGCCUCCUUGUGAUCAGUGACCUUAGCUCACUUCUGAGUCAAAUGCAUGUCUUGGAGAACUCAGUUGCUGUAAUGAGUUAUUUAGGAAUGCCCAUCUGACUCUGUGCUGCUUUUUCAAGUCUCUGCUGUAGAACAAAACUACAUCAUGGCAGCAAAAUGGCAAUUUUUAAGUGUUCAAAUGUACAACUUUUUGUAUUGUAAAAUACUGAUUACCUAACCCUAUUGAAACGCAAUUGUCAUAGUAACAAAUAACAGUAUUGCCGCUCUCGGUCUGGGUCACAUGUAUGCCCUGACCUGCUUUGCACUGCUUUUGGUUGAUCUUGUAUUUUGUAGUUGGACAGAAUGGUAACUAACAGUAGGUUUUGUACUGUCGGCUUGUAUUUUUUAUUUGUACAUAUGUAAAAUAUUUCUUGUCCAAAGAUUCAUUUCUGGUUUUAAAGCACCAUACCAUAUCUGUAGGAUAAUGAGCACAAUAUACCUUAACAUUCAGGAUAGACUGACUCCAGUUACUUGCUUUAACUCCUUCUAAUCAGGUGAUAAUUUUCUAAAACUGCCUCUGUAAAGCAAGGCUGUGCGAUUUGAAAGCAUAGGCAGAUUUGGUUGCAGGUGUGUCAUAAUUUGGUCAAAAGAGUUAAAGCUAUGUCAUUUGCAUCAACUCUGAAGGUUUGGUUGACCCCCUGGAAGUGCUCAUUUACUUGAAGGUUGCAGCACCAUUUUUAGUUCUUAUUUAUCCUGCAGGAAAGCAAAGCCAGACCUCACUGCCAAGCUUCACAAAGGCUAGAUUGAUGAUGCCGACAUCAACAAAUGAACAUACCAUGGCAGCCUGGUCAUUCGGCUCAGGUUCACUUGAAGUUCAAAUCCACUCUACGCUGUAGUAGUAUGCCCAUCUCAUCCAUCUUUUGUCGUUCUGUUUUUCUGCUUGUAAUUUGUUCUGUAGUUUUCUGUGGCAUCCACUUAUAGCUUCUCCUUUAGUGGACACUGCAGGUAGGUCGAAGCUGACUGCAGCAGUGCAUUCCUCAAAGCUUUGGGACGACAGAGUUGCAAAUAGCUGACCUUCCCUGUUACUGAUGGUGGGCGAGCAAGGGCUGCAAGGCUAGUGCUAAGCUGCCAGUGCAAAGUCUGCAGAGCUCCAGGGGCAGUUUUUGCUGCCAAGAGAGGGAGACAGCUCAAGGAGCACCUCCUCCAUCCACGUCUUCCUGUGCUGAAGGCAGGACUGACUGUGCCACAGUGAGGAGCAGCUUUGGGAGCUGCCAAGCUCAGCAUCCAGGCGAGCAGUUCCUACGUAUGUCUUGGGAAAAUGGGCACAUAGCUUUGAGUCCCUUCCCAUGAGAUUUAGCUUAGAGCAUCUGGAGAUAAAACUGAUGCUUUAAUAUUUAUAGCAACAGUUGCACUUGCUCAGUCUUCUUAGUGAUAGUAAGUUCAGCUUUCUCUUCAGUGACCUACAAGAAACACUGGAUGGCUCAAAAUGCUGCCAGGACAUCCAGCUGGGACAAGCAUCUAAGAAAUCUUCGGGAUAUAUUUGUAUAGUUGGUUCUCACUGUCUCUUCUCUUACACUGGCCUAGCAAAACUACUUCAGGGAUGCAUCUGCAAAGAAACUUGGAAGAUAAAUUUGCACCGUGGCACUUCAAAGAUAGCUGUUAUUGAAAGCAUGAACAGUACAACUGCAGUUCUGUCUGUAUGAGUGCAGUAGAGAUGUUUUGAGUAAAGAGCUACAGCUGCUGAAAGCCAGUUGUGCUCUCAGACAUACUAACCAGAGGCUAGAAAACCGUGGACAUCUCCAAAGUGGAGAGGGCUCAUAGUCAAUACUCAGAAGCACAGUGAGACAAACAGCACAGUGUGACUGAUUUUACCUUCUCAGUCCACCGAUUCUAGGAAGCUUUCCUGCUGCACCUCUGAAUUCCGCAUAUCGCGGGCAUCAGAUCAGCACUGCCACAGGCAGGUUCUGUUUGCUGUUCUGUAACUUUCGUACUCUCAGUAACUCACUGCAAGGCCGGUCCUUGCAUCCUCACAGCAAUGUGCCAGAGCCAGCACAAGCAUCCCUCUGCAUCUUCCGCCCUCCCUGUCGAAUAGGCAAGUGUGCUACCACUGGUCCAGGCAGUAAAUAUUCAGGCAGCCUGAUAUUGAUGUUUGUCUGUGGAGAAGCCUUCUGGGGCAUAAGGGGCGGGGAUGUGUCAGUGGGAAGCAACAGAAGUGGAUUUGCAGAGCUUUACCAGAUGUGUUUGGCUACCUUCUUUCUAUUUCUAGAACAAAACUGGGCACCAGGUAGCUUAAUCUUGUGGCUGAUGCAGAGAUUAGUUUGCCAAAUUAUCCAGCAGAUCCAUAUCUCUGCAACAGAGACAGAAGAGCAGCAGUGAGGGGUUUACUUACUGUAAAAUAUACCUUGCGAUGUGAGUUAGUAGUGACGUGCUGCCUCCUGGAUUUCCCACAGCAAAGAGCGUACCAAGAUGAUUCAUGGACCGUCCGGGACAGACGGCAAUGUCUAACAUGUUAAUUGUGGAAAGGCAAGAAGUUAGUGCAGAAAGUAAUGUAAAGCGUGAACUUUGUGGUAAAAUUCAAGUGUGGACUGACUUAGCAGAUGUCUUCCUGUGGGAGCAUCUCGUAGCUGUAGUUGUAUAGGAAUAAACUUUGUCAGACUUCGUUCCUUUGACUGUCACUGAGAUUGCCCUCAGUGUUUGUAGGAAAGGAUCCCUUGUGAGCCUCCCGUGUAGUAGGACGUUGUUGGUAGUUUGUAACUUUGGGCUUGUUGGGUUUCACACCCGCCCCGUGCCCCUGCUGGUUUCCUGAACUCCUCAAACCGAACCUGCGACCUCAGAGCCUGUAGGAAGUGCUGACUGGGCACGGCACUGCAAGGUGGAUGCUGGUGGCGAGGGAGUGCGUCCAGGAGCCUGGGCGCCUGCUGUUCCUUGUGGCCCUGAAAAUCUCCUCAGCCGAGGGAGGUCGGGACGCGGCGCCCUCCUCAGCUGGCUAGGCCCACAUUCGCCCUCACCCCACAUCGCGUGGGUCUGUCCGCCCCAGGCCUUGCCCACGCACCGGCGGCUGUCCCACGGAGCAGGCGUGGCGGCGGCUCCCCGGACAGGGCACACGCGGCCCUGCCGCCCGUCCCGCCUGUGCCACACUGUGCUGGCGCGCCAGGGCUGGCCUGCUGUGGCUCUGCCUCGCCAUCUUUCAAACCGCACACGGCACAGAUGGCUGUGUAAAAUGGUGCCUAUGACACUCGGCUUGCCCGUGUUUUUAAAAUAAGAAGAAAGUAAAACUCCUGCUGUGCCCACCUCACGGCUAGGGAGUGUUGCUGGCGGACUGAGCGCCUGGCGAGGGCGCCCAGAGCCCCAGCCCCAUGGCACGGCCACGUCCCCCAGCAGUGCCCUCGUGCGAUGGGGCCGGGCACGCUGCAGAGCUGCCCUGGGCCCUGCAGGCCCUUGCCGGGGGAGUCCCCCUCCUGAAGCACGUGUCUGCGUUUAAGCAUUACCUCAGCCUCCAGCCUUGAUGAACAGACCGGGUGUCCCGGCAGCGGGGCAGCCGAGCGGUGUCAGUUAGCUGUUCUGAGCCAUAAACCAGCAGUGCUGCAGGUAGGGGGGGUGUUCCUCUGUUAAUUAAAAAGCUCAGUAAGGUGCUGCUCAAUUCAUUCAAUACAGGGAAACCAAACAGUUUGGAUAUUAUGGUCAUUUAUUGUGAAAUUCUUUCUAAACAGCAGCAGUUUUGAAUGCCAUCAUACAAACGUGAGAGAAACCUUUUAUGCAGUUGGAAAGUGUUUUUUUAAGAUGCUAUGCAUUUUGUUGGGUUAUUGAAAGUGAAUUUACUGUGCAUUAAUCUAAUGAAUGUUAUUACCUUUUGUAUUUAUUUUAGAUGACUCUCCUGUAUUUUACAAAGGGAAGUUUCAUUGUGUGAUAACUUAGUCUGUAUUCUUAAUAUAAUUGUUAAAUAAAAUUUGUUUUAAUCAGUUUA